AUGGGUGGGUUUGGUCGAGAGGAGGACUCGGAUGAGGAUUCGGAUGAACCGCCUGAAAUCCCUGGGAGUCCAAUUGCACAAAAACUACAAACAGCAGGCGUCACUGCAGCAGAUUUUGGAGCCACCCUGAUCAACACCAGAUUAACUACAAACCGAUCAGAUUUGAAAUAUGCCGAGAAGUUUGGUGAAGACGAAGAUGAGUACGAAGUCAAAGAUGUGGAACAAUCGCGUGCAGCUGAAUUUCAUGCCUCAAGCUCUUCGGAAGAUGAGGAGAGUGACGACGGCAACGAAAGAAAAACUCACAUGUUUCAGCUUGAGAUGGAAAGAUCUGCGUUUGGUCGACCAAAGACGGCUGCAAAGGAUCUCGAGAAGUAUCGAGAUGUCGUGCCGAACGACUUUUUCCAGCAGUUCGAAGGCACUGCAAGUGCCGAUGUCCCUCCUUCGACCAACCCACCUUCACCACGACCAGAUAUUACCAGCAAGAGUGUGAAAUCAAGGCCUGACGAACAUGAGAAGUAUAAAGUGGAAGUGCCUCGAGAACUGGAGGAGCUUUUCAGCCUGACAGAUGCCUACACACCAGAAGAUAUCGAGAUUGAAACGCGGUUGGAGCCGUUCCUUCCUGAAUUCACUCCCUCUGUGGGUUUACCGUUCGAUGGAAUCCUGAUCCCAAGGCCAGACGGCAAAGAGGGUAAUAUUGGCGUCGAUGUGCUUCGAGAAUCGUCAGGACAGACCAAUGUAGCUGAACUGGAGCUUCUGAUGCAAAUGAGCAUGGCUAACAAGAACAAACUUCGAAGUAGAAGCGACGUGGUGCGAAGUAUCGAGAACGCAUCUCAUCGUCCGCAAGAGAUCGAUCAGUGGAUCACCAGCGUCGAAAAGAUUCAACGGACCAAACCUUUGGCACAAGUGAGCUACAAGCAGCCCAUGCCGCCGGUAUCUCGGUUAAUGGAGCUGUGGCCGGAAGAAUUCGAGGAUUUCCUAGCAGCCAGGGGCGGUGCAAUACCUGGAUUAUUCGAACUUGAUGUGAAUUUGAAGGAGUUGGCGAAGAUCGUCUGCGGAGUGUUGGAUAUCCCAGUGUAUGGAGACAAAUAUGUGCAGUCAUUGCAUGUACUAUUCUCCCUUUACCUUGAAAUGGAAACCUAUGAACGAGCCCCCCAGCGCCAACAAGGUUUAUAA